AUGUCGAACCUCUUAGGUCCCUCCGGCACCUCAACGUUCCCGUCGCCGCUUUUCGAGGCGACUCAAAACCCGACGUUCCCGUCGCCGACCUUCGCCAGCGCACCUUGGGAUUCCAUUUUCCCGCCAGCGCAAGGAUGUGCCGGGACUCCUUCCGCGAUUCCCCCCUCUGACUGGACUCUGAAUCCCGACCCUCCGGCAAUAGAUUGUGCCGUCUCCUCGGCAUCGCCGAUUUUCUCUUCGUUUCAAACCAACCUCGAGAUUGUUCCAGAAGGACUCGCUCACACCGUGGCAUGCACGGAAGAGAUCCACGUGGAGGCUUAUCCGCCAGCUCAGGCGGUUCCUUCCGGAUCUUCGGGCCACGUCAGCAGCGCGGCGUCGGGGCUUGACUGGGAUCAGGUGCGACAUCUGCUGGCGGACGGAGGGGAGGCGGAGGAGAAAGGGGAUGGAUUUGACGGGAUGAAUAGAAUCGAAAAAUACGCUGAGGUUGACGAACGAAUAGGGUGGGGAAAGGGUGACGGAGGGGAAAAGGAGGAGAAGGUCGCUCAGCUGAGAUCCGCUCUGCCCGUCGGAGAUGAGUUGGUUGUCGCACCUCCUGUCGCUUCCGCUUUCGUUCCCCCUCCCGCUUCCGCUUCCCCCUCCCGGUUGUCCGCUGUCGCGGCGGAGGGCGAGCCGAUCUUCCUUCCUGCUUGCCCGGACGGCUGCGAUUGCGCAGGCUGCCAGCUGUUGCAUUUUCAUUGGCUCGACCGGUUUUCCCCGGCACCUUAUUCUGGGGUGGGGGAGGGCGGAGGAUGGGUUGCGCAGAAAGGGGACGACGCGGAGAGGAGCGGAACGGGUGGCGCAGAAGUGCUGUUGCGGAGGGACGAGACUGGCGCCGGAGCAGAGGCGGGCGUAGGAACAAGGGGGGCCGGAGAAACAGGGAUGAGCGGAGGAGCAGGGGGAGGAGGAAGAGCGGAGGAGCAGCGGGCGCCUCUCCCUCCUACGUUCUCACCUCCUUUCGCACCUCAUUUCUCCUCCUCUUCGUUUGCACCUUCAUUUGCGCCAUCGUUCGCACCAUCGUUCGCACCAUCCUUUGCACCAUCUUUUGCACCGUCGUUCACGCCUGCGACUGCUGCCUCGUGCCCGCCUCCCUCCGCGCGUCUCCCUGGUCUCGCCUCCCCGAGUCCUCCUUGCAAGCGACCGCUGCUGCUCGCCCCGCCUGUCGCCGCCGCCACUCUGAGCGCCACACGUGGCAGCACACGCGGCGUUACGACUGAGCUUACCACCACACAGAGCACUGCUGGUGAAGAAAGCAUUGGUGGCAGCAUUGGUGGGAGCAUCGCUAAGAGCUCCGGUGUCAAGGCAACUAGCACUGCUGUUAAGCCGACCAACAAAAUCGCGUCUGUCGCCCGAAACAACAACCUUCCUAGCGCUCGCCGGCCGGCGGACAUGUCCACCAGGCUGGCACAGCUGCUGGAGGAAAUCAAAUCUCCAGGCCGGGCGGCAGCAGCAGCCGCCGCCGCUUCAGCCGCAAACACAGCCGGGUGCUACACCUCGCGACCUCCUGCUGUCGCCUUCGCGUCCAUUCUAGGCACGUGCGCUGCAAAUCCCACGCCAGACAACUUACGCAGCCCAGGAAGCAGCCUAGGCAGUCCAACCAGCCUAAGCAGUCACCAGAAAAGCCCCUUUGAGUCGUUUUCCCAUGUCACCAGCCUGAACCUCUCAGCGGCCCUCCCGCCCCGGGGCGUUGAAGCGUCCCUGGGUCCGACCAGCCUGGCCCGCCUUCCUGUCUUCUCGCCAUUCCCUUACCCUCCCUCCUUCUCAACCCCUCUCCCUGACCACUUGGCUUACCUAGCCCAAACCGGAAACGUGGGAGGUUCAGAGCGGUACCAAUUCUUCCAGCACUGUUUACCGGCUGCAGAUGCCCCUGCCACGUGGCAGGAUGUCACUGGCUGGUCAACGCACUCAAGCAGGUCAACGGGAGGUGCAGGCGCGGCUUCCAGGAAGCGGAGGGCGAGCUCUGGAGGGGGAAAGGUGGGAAGGGAACAAGAGAAAGGGGGGACGGCGGAGGAGGGCGCCUGGCGGGGGAGCAGUGGGGCUGGCGGGGGGCAAUUGGCAGGGGAUGCUUCAGACGGGGCAGGGGCAGUAGCAGGGGCAGGGGCAGGGGCAGGGGCAGGGGCAGGGGCAGGUUUUUUACCGGGUGGAGGGUUGGAUGGUGCUAUGCUGGGGCAGAUGGGGGGAAUGGGGCAGAUGGGGGGGAUGGGGCAGAUGGGGGGGAUGGGGCAGAUGGGGGGGAUGGGGCAGAUGGGGGGAAUGGGGCAGAUGGGGGGAAUGGGACAAAUAGGGGAGACGGGGCAGAUGGGGGGAAUGGGGCAGAUGGGGGGAAUGGGCCAGAUGGGGGGAAUGGGCCAGAUGGGGGGAAUGGGCCAGAUGGGGGGAAUGGGCCAGAUGGGGGGCCAGAUGGGGGGAAUGGGCCAGAUGGGGGGAAUGGGCCAGAUGGGGGGAAUGGGCCAGAUGGGGGGAAUGGGGCAGAUAGGGGAGACGGGGCAGAUGGGGCUGGAUGCAUCUGCGCUUGAGCGCAUGGGGGUGAGUCCGGGCAUGCUGGCGGGCAUGGGGGUGAAUCCGGGUAUGCUGGCGGGCAUGGGGGUGGACGCGGGCGUGUUGAGGGGCAUGGGCGUGGACAUGGGCAUGCUACAAGCCAUGGGCGUGGAUGCUGCCAUGCUGCACAAUCUAGGGUUCACUCCUGAAACAUUAGAACAGCUGGGCUUGAAGGGCGAGGCUAGUGGCUGUGCUGCUGGUAGUGGCGGUGAUGGUGGUGGUGCUGUGGGUGGCGCUGCUGCUGGUGCUGGUGAUGCUGCUAGUAUGCGUGUUGGUUGCUCUGCUGAUGCUUCUGGUGGCGAUGGGGAGUGGAGGAGGGAGGACGGGAGGGACAAGGAGGAAGAGAUGGAGGAGGGAGAGGAGGAGGAGAGGGGGGGGAGUGGAAGGGGAGGAGGGGAGGAGGAGGAGGUGUCGAUGGCAGUGGUGCUGCAGAGACUGGAGGAGUUGGCAGAGGCCUCAGCAGCAUGCGAUGAGACCCUUUCGCGUCGCCUGCUGCCGCACCUCCGCCCACUAGUCAACGAGCGGGGCAGUGCAGCGCAGCGAGUAGCAGCGCACUUCACGCAGGCCCUGGCAGCCCGGCAAGCAGGGUGCGGGGCAGAGCAGUACAAUCGCGGGCUCAACGCGUCCUCCCAGGAGAUCGCAGCCUCCAUGGAGCGUUGCUUCGCCAUGUUCCCACGAGUAUCUCACUUGCCCACGUCAUGUUACACUCCCCUCCCCCGUCACUCCCUUCCCCCCAAUCAGACCCUUUCGCGUCGCCUGCUGCCGCACCUGCGCCCACUGGUGAACGAGCGGGGCAGUGCAGCACAAAGAGUAGCAGCGCACUUCACCCAGGCGCUCGCAGCCCGGCAGGCAGGGUGCGGGGCAGAGCAGUACAAUCGCGGGCUCAACGCGUCCUCCCAGGAGAUCGCAGCCUCCAUGGAUCGCUGCUUCGCCUCGCUGCCCUAUCUGGACUUCUGCCAUGUGGCGGCCAUGAGGCCUGUGCUGGCGGCGGUGAACGGCAGCCGUCGGAUUCAUAUGAUCGUGUUUGGGUUCUGGAUGGGCCGGUACUGGCUGGAGCUGCUGCAGGCCCUAGCUGCUUUCCCAGGCGGCCCUCCCUCCCUGCGAGUAACAGGCAUCGACAUCACAUGCAGGAAAGAAUUGACAGACUCCAAGUCCUCUGCUGCCUUCCCCCUUCACCUCUGUCAUUGUCGUCCCACUCUGAACCCUUGUCACCCCGCGCAGGCCCUAGCUGCUUUCCCUGGCGGCCCGCCCUCUCUGAGAGUAACAGGCAUCGACAUCACAUGCAGGAACGAACUGACAGACUCCAAGUCCUCUGCUGCCUUCUCGGGCCGCCUGCUCUCCCGCGCUGCUGCUGCUCUCGCCAUCCCCUUCCGCUUCAAGGCCGUUGUUCUCCCUGUCGGCCCUGCUGCUGCUGCCGCGCCGCUGGGAGGGAAGGCGGGGGCCGGCGGAGGGGGGAUGGGGGGCGGGGUGAGCGGGGGAGGGUUCGGGGGGAGUGGGGGAGGGGUUGGGGGAGGGUUUGGGGGGGCGAUGGGGAUGCGGUCGGUGGUGGGGGGGUUGGAGGAGGAGGUGGAGGUGGAGGAGGGGGAGGCGACGGUGGUGCAGUGCAACAUGAGUCUGCUCUUCCUGGCUGACGACUCGGUGCUUCGUGCCAACCCACGCGACACGCUGCUCAGGUGGAUCCGGUCUCUCUCGCCGCUCACCACUGUGGUGGUCGAGAUGGACGCGCCACUCAACUCGCCCUUCUUCCUCCCGCGCUUCCGAGCCGCCCUCCGAGUCUUCUCCUCCAUCUUCGCCUCUCUUGACGCCGCCCUUCCACGGGACAGCCCGCACCGCCACACGUGUGAGCGCCUCUAUUUCGCCCGCGACAUUGUGAAUGUUGUGGCCUGUGAGGGCAUUCAGAGGACGGUUCGGGCGGAGAGUUUGGAGCAGUGGCAGGCUCGGAUGCGCCGAGCCGGGUUCGUAGGUUUGGAGGUAGGGGUGGAGGUGAUGGAGGAGCUUACGGGGGUGUUGAGGAAGGGAGGGAGAAAGUAUGGGGGGUAUGAGGUGUUGCAACAAGGGAAUGGCGUGAGGUUGCUGUGGGAAGGGGUUCCUGUUCUGGCUGCUUCAAUGUGGCUGUAA